AACGGCAGCAAAACAGAAGACAAUCACACCUACAAAUCGCGCAAUUCAGAGAACCGGAACCGCCAAAGAAAUAGGUCUUAUUUCACGUCAGUACAAGAUAAACAAAAAAUUUCUCCUCUGACGUCCUCUUGACACCCAGAGGAAGACGAAUGAAGUGUGUUUCGGGUCAUAGGUGGCGUGACCAUAUAUAGGCAGAGCGUUGAAGCGAGCAUACACAUCUUGCAUUCUUCUUCUUGGUCAGGGAAAGUGCUGUCAAAUGACUUCUGUUUCACUUAGAGACAAAAUUGAAACGGUUUUAGAAACUAUAGAUUGUUUUCUAUCCAAUGGUAUUAAUUAUAUGCAUAUAGUAAGAGCAAUAAUUGAAUAAGAGGCAGUUUAAUCUGUAGAGGAAAUUAUGCUAAUGCAAAAACAGCACCCCCUGUAUUCUCAAGAAAUUAAAUAUGGCUCCCAAUCAGAGACAACAAUAACCAGCUGUCUCUAAUUGAGACCCAAUUCAGGCAACCAUAGACUUUCCUAGAAACCUACACUCAACCAUAGACACAGCUAGACUUCUAUACUAAACAUAAACCCAACUACUCUAAUAAACCCCCUAAACCUUACAACCACCCUAGACACUACAAAAAACACAUACAUUCCCCAUGUCACACCCUGACCUAACUAAAAUAAUUAAGAAAACAAAGAAUACUAAGGCAAGGGCGUGACAGCUAGAGUUGAGCUGGGAUGUUGACAUGAAGCUAGGGUUAGUUAGGGUUGAGGGUUAGGGUUUGGGUUGAGCAGGGAUGUGGACAUGAAGCUAGGGUUAGUUAGGGUUGAGGGUUAGGGUUGAGCAGUGAUGUGGAAAAGAAGGUUGGGUUAGAUUUGGGGUUGAGGCUAGGGUUAGGGUUCGGGUUGAGCAGAGACUUGGACAUGAAGCUAGGUUUAGGGUUGAAUCUAUGGUUAUGGGUAAGAUUGGAGUUGAGACAGGGUGUAGACUUUAAUCUACUGUCAAGGUAUAUUUAUAAUAAAUAUAAUAAGUUGGACUACCCAAGUGUGUGGUUAUUUUGAGUGUUUUACUGUAUAUUAAUUGCAUACAGUAUAACUUAUGUAAUGAUUCAAAAUCAAAUUUUAAGACAGCCUUGUAUGACUUUUCAACAAAACCCCUUAAACCCAGUUUACUUGUUUACAAAGCUCAAAUUGGCCUUGGUAGCAGAAAAGCUGUGUUUGUCGACUUCUCCAACAGAAUACCAACGUGUGAACCACACAGCUGUGUUGCAGUCAUGUUGAGGUCAAGAUACAGUCUGAACUGCAUAGAAUACUGGUCAUCUCAAACCGGCAGUUGUAGUGCACUGUACAUGUAUCACUGUCUCCUGUAAGAAAUUCAAUCAAAUCUAGAUGUCAAUAACCUGCACUUUAAAGUACUGGGACUAAUGACAACAGAUAUUUAGCUUUCUGCUACCUUCAGGGUGUCACAUCCUGACCAUAGUGCUUAUGUGUUUUGCUUGUUUUAGUGUUGGUCAGGACGUGAGCUGGGUGGGCAUUCUAUGUUGUGUGUCUAGUUUGUCUGUUUCUGUGUUCAGCCUAAUAUGGUUCUCAAUCAGAGGCAGCUGUCAAUCAUUGUCCCUGAUUGAGAAUCAUAUAUAGGUGGCUUGUUUUGUGUUGGGAUUUUGUGGGUGGUUGUUUUCUGUCUCAGUGUUUGUGCCACACGGGACUGUGACGGUUAGUUUGUUUUGUUAUUUUGUAAUUGUAUAUUGUUUUCAUGUUAUUAAAUCAUGGAAACUUACCACGCUGUACAUUGGUCCUCCGAUCCUUCUCGCCUCUCCUCGUCCGAUGAGGAGGACGAAAUAGACUGCCGUUACACAGGGUCAACUUCAUUCCACACCAUGAUGGAAACUGCUUCGUCAUAAUGCUGACCUUGGCAGUGCACCUUUUACCUCUGAUUGGCUUUCUCUUGACAUCCGAUUCUGCAUAUAUACCAGGGGUGCAGAUUAGCCCCUUUCAUCGACAGGAUCAUACAGCAACCAUGAUUUCUCUGGUCUUCGUUCUGCUCAUUGGAGCCGCUUUCGCCACGGAGGACGACAAGAUCGUCGGAGGGUAUGAGUGCAAGGCCAACUCCCAGCCCCACCAGGUGUCUCUGAACUCUGGGUACCACUUCUGUGGUGGCUCCUUGGUCAAUGAGAACUGGGUUGUGUCUGCUGCUCACUGCUACCAGUCCCGUGUGGAGGUGCGUCUGGGCGAGCACAACAUCAAGGUGACUGAGGGUAGCGAGCAGUUCAUCUCUUCAUCCCGCGUGAUCCGUCACCCCAACUACAGCUCCUACAACAUCGACAAUGACAUCAUGCUGAUCAAACUGAGCAAGCCCGCCACCCUCAACACCUACGUGCAGCCUGUUGCUCUGCCCAGGGGCUGUGCCCCCGCUGGUACCAUGUGUACCGUCUCUGGAUGGGGCAACACCAUGAGCUCCACUGCUGACAGCAACAAGCUGCAGUGCCUGAACAUCCCCAUCCUGUCCUACAGCGACUGUAACAACUCCUACCCUGGCAUGAUCACCAACGCCAUGUUCUGCGCUGGAUACCUGGAGGGAGGCAAGGACUCUUGCCAGGGUGACUCCGGUGGCCCUGUGGUGUGCAAUGGUGAGCUUCAGGGUGUUGUGUCCUGGGGUUAUGGAUGUGCUGAGCCCGGUAACCCCGGUGUCUACGCCAAGGUUUGUAUCUUCAAUAACUGGCUGACCAGCACCAUGGCCACCUACUAAGUCUGAUCCUAGCUUCGGUCCUCCAGCAUGGUCCCAGAACUCUACAACAUCCUGUGCAGUUCAACAUCUACCUUUUAUACUGGAGAUUAAAUACUAAUGACAAAUAAAGCAUUUAACAUCA